AUGGCCUCGGGGAACGUUUUGAAGAUCAUCGUCACCACUGUCUCUGGUCUCUGUGAAUUCCUGCGCAUGCCGUUCGAACUUUGCAACGACUCCCGGACCUUCCAGGAGUUUCGCAACCUACCACUUGCCUACUCCUAUAUUGACGACUCGUUCGUAGGCAGUUCCACUGUCGAAGAACACAUGGAGCAUCUUCCAACGGCGUUUGACCGUCUUCAACAAUUUGGCGUUGUUCUCAAACCAUCGAAAUGUCUUCUGUACGUCCUCCGUAGAAUUUUUCGUGCAUCUGGUUGACUCCAACGGCAUUCAUCCUCUUCCUUCAAGGGUUGCGUCCAUGCGUGAUUUCCCACCUCCCUCAUCCAAACGCCAGCCGCGGCGAUUUCCGGACACGAUGAAUUUCUAUCGCUGGCCCCACCCAAAUCGUGCCGACACUAUGCUGCCACUAAUUAGCCUCCUCUCGAGCCCCAGAAGUUCGUUCGAGAUGUCUGCAGACGCGAUCGCUGCUUUUGACAAAGUCGAGGCUGCCCUGGUCGAUGCCACACUUCUGAUCCACUCCGCUCCCGGCGUCUCUAUCACCAUUAUGGAGCAUGUCCCCAAUUUUGCCUUUGACGCGGUUCUCCAGCAGCACCUUACAGGCCAGACCAGUCCCUAG